GUACAACAUACACGAAUGUUCAAUGUAUAUCUACCAGCAUUUUUAAUCUUAGUAACAGAAACUGUACAACGUGGUAUAGCAAGAAAUAACGACUCCCCGGUAAAGUGUAUCUGGUGAUGUCAUAAAACAAGCGACGGCGCUGCACUGUGGACAGAUUUAAUUCAUAAACCGGUGACAUGCGGGGAUAGAGCAUCGGACAUUCCAGACAAUCUCCGCGGGAGUGGUUGGGGGUACUGCCCUGCUGCACAAUACCCAUAGUCUACAGUGUACAGCUUCCAGUGCUUUGCGAUGUCUGCCCACCAUAAAUGGUCGGAGUGGGAGAUCACUGCAUGACCGAACAACAGUGACGAUGGUUGAGUGCGCUUCCACAACAGGGACAUUUUCAUUUUAAUCUCCAAACUUUACACAAAAUUUAUCCUUCCAAGUAUGGGGGCAAUGGCAUAAAACAGCUAAGAGCACAAUACUUUAUUCACAUACCAAUGCACGGUUGAGAACCGUGGUCAGCGUUACUUAGUUAUUAUUACACCGGCCAAGCAUGCAUGACCUGGAAUCGUCGGAGCUGUGAAAUUUGGGAGAUUGAUCCCAUAUUUGAGAACGUAAAACAUCGUGUGUAGUUUUCUUCGCUGCAGGGACAGAUAAGUAAUUUGCAUUGUCUUCGAUGGUCUUCUAAAAGAAAGGAGCAGUGUUGAGAUAUGGAUGUCAGAAGAUAAAAUAAAGAUGGACUUUUGUAAUUUCGUUUUACGAAAGAAACGCGUUAUUUUAGCUUUCGCUUUGGCACUGGUGACAUCUCUCUCUGUCGGUUAUUACCUUGCUCAAUACGAAAAUGUCUGUGUCUCCUCCAUCACAAGCCUUGACCUCGGGUCCAACCCGCAUUACGGAGAUCAUCCGCAGGGAGUGGUGCAUGCACUGGAUCAUGGCUGCUACCUCCAGACAUCAAACUUCAGCCAGCACCAGCAUUCUGAAAAACUCCUGGCAGAACGGAACUGCCGAAGGAAGUUGCCGGUUGCUGUGAUAUUGGGGGCUGCUCUGAGUGGAUCUACAACCCUGAAGAGCGCCCUCUCAUUUCAUCCCGACGUGACUGUGCCAGAGUUCGCAGGUCCCUUGAAGGAUAAUCCCCGAUACCAAGAUACCAUGCCGUAUUCCCUCCCUCAGCAAAUCACUAUUAGUGAGUGCCAGGAAUAUCUUUAUAUCCGUAACCUCUCCCAUCAAAACAUUACAAUAUUUUCUCCUGACCUUAAGUUCAUCGUUAUCCUCCGGGAUCCCGUAGCGAGAGCCAUGUCAGAAUAUUUGGUGCUAAGAUCAAAGAGCAGCUCAGAGUUUUAUCGCAGAAGUCUUUCACAAUAUCCAGAUUUUCCAAUGGAGAAACUCAGUCAGGGUAUCCAUACACGGACGAAACGAAAUAGAAUCCCGGGUUUUCACGAAGGAAAUUAUUCAGAAAUAAUCAAGAAACGAGUAAGAGAUGUCGAGCAAACUUAUCCUAAACGAUCAAAGAGAAGCAAGGGCGAGAGAGGCAACUCUUUGCACCGUGUUAGAGAAUACGAGAUCCGGUACAAGUUGGAAGACAAUUUUGAGAGGACCAUUUUGGAUCCAUCAUCUGGGAUUGACGAGAUGCACUUUUUGGUUCAACGAAGUAUAUAUGCUAGCCAAAUAAAGCACUGGGAUUCGAUUACUUCGAGAGUUAACUUCCUCAUCUUAGACGCGGAGGUGUUUGCUAGGACCCCAGCUAUCACACUGGACAAAGUGGAAAGAUUCCUAGGACUAAGGCCUUUCUUCAAUGAAGAAUUCUUCACUUUCGAUUUUCCCAAAGGUGUGUUCUGUUUCAAUUCCCCGGUACGAUCCUGCUUAGAUCCCAUCCCGAUGCAAGGGGUCCCACCCACCCUCUCGGAUGAAUUUGUCAAUCUCUUUCGAAAGUUUCUUAUGCCUGCGAUGAUUGUCCAGAACCGGAUCUCCGGAGCCUACUUCCCACACCUUGGAGAGAAUCCCAUGGUAUUCACCCCAUUUAGAUAACAGGGUUACAGUAAUUGAAUGACAUCCCGUUGUUGCCUCAGUCACAUCACCGAAAUUGACUCCAAAUCAACCAAUAGUACAUACUAGUAAUAAUGUAAUAGUUUUAGUUGGUCUGGAGUCGGGCUUCGUCGUUGUGACUGAAGCAACAACAUCUCUUCCGCCACGGGAUCGCCGCAUAAUAGCGAGUUUUCGCUCAACGACGCGGAAUGAAUCCUACAAGGCAGCAAAGGCAUUGAAAGUUCAAGUCAAAUCACGAUGAAAACUUUGUCAAGAUUCGGUGAAUCUGAACAGCACUUUCAUCCGACGAUUCAGAGCUGACGAAAAAUCGCAAGAGUCACCGACGAAACUGCUGUUUUGAUCCACUGACCCUCGACAACCACUUCAUUGUCGUGAAGGGCACUUGACAAUAUUCUCUACGUUCAAGAAAGCGUCUGUGUAAUUUUUGCGAACUUCCUAAUUAUAGAACAGUGUUCGAAUAGUUUAUAUGUAUUGAUCUCGUCAUAGUAAGACCUCAGAGGGUCGUGUGUUCGAAUCCCACCAUGGCCUAGCGCGGCAAGGCGUCAAUCCACAAUUUGCCACUCUCCACCCAGGUGUUAAAUGGGUACCCGGUAGGAUGCGAAAGCCUAUGUAGUAUGCCUAGCAAUUGAGUCUUAGAACUCUUGUUGGAAUGCUCCCCAGGGAGUGGAGAAGGUGCAUACAUUGUAUGCGGGCAUGCAAGGAUCCGAUGACCGGGGUAAUAAUAUAUCUGUAAAGCGCUUAGAGACGUCGUUCCGAUGUGUUAAGCGCUAUAUAAAUGCGGAAUAUUAUUAUUAUUAUUUAAAACGCGAGAAGCAGACGUAUCCUCAACAUAAAUUAAUCCUAUUUUUUUCUAGACGUUUCUAAAAAUGACGCAUUACUCAGCUAAGAAAAUGUAUUUAUUUCAGUACUUGGUCAUUUUACAAUCGUUGAUAAAAUAUUGAAUUUCGUGUAUGUUAUGGUCAACAGGGUAUGAAAUAUUAGAGGAUAUAUCUUAUUUUUGUUGUUUUGUUAACAAGCUUUCCUUAAUUAACUUGCUUGAUUCGGAGAGCUUUCCAUGGUCACUACGAGGACUUUGACAGGUUUUAAGUCAAAGACGAUGACGUCACAUUUGAAAUUGAAAGAUAGAGGCAGUAGCAUUUUGUUUGUGUGAAUUUUCCUCUUGACGGGUAUUUUGAGACAAAUUUGUAGCUUAUUCUGAUAUGUUUUAUGUUGGUGCCAUUUGUUCUCGCCCUCUACGAGACGUCUUUGUUAAAAUAUGAUAAAAACGAUACUUGUUUUUUUAUUAUAUCAAGUAGAGGAUGUCAAAAACAAUAUAAGGAAUUUUACAGGACAUAUACUGUAAAAAAACGUUGUUUAAAAGAUGUUAAGCAACACUGUUUAAGCCCGUCACUCUAACAACUAUUGCUAAAACUUUUAAACAAUUGUUUAAACUUUUUAAGCAAUUGUUUAAACUUUUUAAACAAUUGUUUAAACUUCUUAAAAACAACUUGUUUUAAAGGUUAAACAAUAGUUGUUAGAGUGACGGGCUAAAACGUCGUUGCUUAACAUUUUUAACAGCGUUUUGGCAGUGUACAUAUAUUCAAAUUUUGAUAACAAUCGGUAUCGCUAGAAGUAGUAAUAGUAUUCGUAGUAGUAGUAAUUGUGAAAGUAGUGUGUUACCAGCAGUAGAAGACGUAAUAGUUAUGUAUUUAUUUAUUUAUUCAUCUAUCCAUUCAUUCAUUCAUUCGACCAUUCAUCCAGUAUAAGUACGAUGUGCGUCUAGUUAGAUAAAUUUGAGAAAAAUACAACAACUUCGUAUACCGAAUCGCAGUUUGCUACACCUCGACAGUUACACAAUAUACGAAGUGAUUUUUUCUUUCAUUUUGGCAAAUAUAUACCGGGAAUAUAAGAAGUGCCAAAUUAUGUUCAGAAAGAGUUAAUCUUUAAAUUAUUUAGAUUGAUAUAGAUUGCGAUCAGAGACGUAUACAAAGUUGGAUUAAGUUUUUAAUCUAAUAGGUUUAAAAUUCAAUCUUAUUCGAUUGAAACUUCCGAUCCAAUUUAGGAAUGGGUCCCUGACCACAAUCUAAUAGAUUAACUUUCAAUCUAUGAAAAUUAGAGAGUAACUAAGGGAGCUUUGACCCUACUUUUAAAGAGGACUCGGUACCCAAUCUCAAUCAGAGUUACCAUGGUAGUUGCCGUAUCGGGCAAAAUGAAAAACUACCGUGUGUUGCUGCCCUCUACGUUCGUUGGUUGUAACUAACCCGAGCAGUGCCGAGGGUUUUUUAUUACAAGGUCAAGGAUUUGAAUAUGAAUAAAAAUGCACUAUUGAUUCUAAGCUGUGUGUAGUAUUAAAGGACAAGUCCACCCCGGCAAAAAGUUGAUUUGAAUAAAAAGAGAAAAAUCCAACAAGAAUAACACUGAAAAUUUCAUCAAAAUCGGAUGUAAAAUAAGAAAGUUAUGACAUUUUAAAGUUUCGCUUAAUUUUACAAAACAGUUAUAUGCACAUCCUGGUCGGUAUGCAAAUGAGGAGACUGAUGAUGUCAUCCACUCACUAUUUCUUGUGUAUUUUAUUAUAUGAAAUAUGAAAUAUUCUAAUUUUCUCAUUGUUAAGGGAAACAACGAUUAAUUCCUCCCUGAACAUGUGGAAUUAGCAUUGUUUAAUACUAUAUGAUUUGGUCCUUAUUGUCAAAUCUGUAAAAAAUGAAAUAUUGUAUAAUCCAAACAAUAAAAAACAAAAGAAAUAGUGAGUGAUGGACAUCAUCUUCUGACUCAUUCGCAUGAUACUGAGUUGUACAUAUUACUGUUUUGUGAAAAAUAAGCGAAACUUUAAAAUGUCAUAACUUUCUUAUUUUACAUCCGAUUUUGAUGAAAUUUUCAGUGUUAUGCUAGUUUGAUUUUUCUCUAUUUAUUCAAAUCAACAUUUUUCUUGGGUGGACUUGACCUUUAAAAUGAUCACUUUAUUGGUCAGAUCAUGGUUAUAUGACACACUUUAAUAAGAUACUAAUUAUACAGAACUGACUGUGAAAUACCGCCCAAUGUUACCAAUUUACAUAAAGGUUAUUGAACCCGACACCACUUAUUUUCAGGAUAAGGUAAAUAGAUUUGUAGUUAAAGGGGAAUGAAACCUUUGGAACAAGUAGGCUUGUGUCGAAAAAGGAAAAUCAAAGAAUAAGAACAAAGAAAGUUUGAGAAAAAUCGGGCAAAUAAUGAGAAAGUUAUGAGCAUUUGAAUAUUGCAAUCACUAAUGCAAUGGAGAUCCUCCCAUUGGCAAUGCGACAAGGAUGUGUGAUGUCACAUGUGAACAACUUUCCCUUUGAUGGACUAUAAAAUACCCUCAAAAUGUCUCUUUUUGCUUUUUCUUAUGGUGAUACAAACUCUUUAUCCAUGAUGUAUUCUUUAAAAUCUGUAUUACAUGCCCUCCUAUAGAAAGAACACAUGAUCUACUGAUAUAUGUGAUAAAAGAGGCAAUUUAAGUGAAAUAUAUACUAAAGUAAUGGGGAGAGUUGUUCACAAGUGACAUCACACAUCUUUGUCUCAUUGCCAAUUUGAGGAUCUCCAUAGCAUUAGUGAUCGCAAUAUUCAAAUGCUCAUUACUUUCUCAUUAUUUGUCUGAUUUUUCUCAAACUUUCGUUGAUCUGUUUCUUUGAUUUUUCUGUUUUCACACAAGCUAUCUUGUUCCAAAGGUUUCAUUCUCCUUUAAGUUUGUAAAAUAUCUUUGGGUGAUGGUUGCAUGUCUAAAUUUAAUAUAGCCAACAUGAUCAUACGGAUAAAAUGUAUUACUUACCAAAUUGGUGGCAGAGUAAAUAUUAAUGAACAAAAACGUUUUUAUCACAAUAACCUUCCAUGUAUCACCUUAUGUUAAGGUGUAUAGCUUUAUAUGCCUUUGCAAUGGAAUUAUGUUGUGGGAUUAUUGCAAGGUUUCUCUGUUUCUCUUUAAUAAAGAGGCGCAAAUAUGCCCUAUGGAGCUUGAUAA